CUUCCUUCAGGCGCAGGGGGGCGCUCGCGAGGCGGACGGGGCAAGAGAGGAAAUUGUUUCCUCGUUUGACAGCAGGGGCUUGUUUUACAGCACAGAACUACCAGAAACGAAAGUUUCCAGGGACGAUAGAUGCCGACACUAAUUGAGGAGACGUUUAGCUGAAAAGCCCAUCAGCUCCCUAUCGCCCUCCCGGUGUGAGAAUUAACAUCGACCGAACGGCAGAUGAGUGUCUUUGCAUUUGUUGUUGUUAGCCGCUAAUGCUAACCAUAGAAGUCGCCAGCUAGCCUAGCCCAGUGAGCUAAUGGUUAACGCGAGGGAAAGAUAAUUCGCCGCAUAUGUUUGAUUCAUGUAUCGCUGUCCCGGCGGGUGGCGUGAGCUGAUGGAGCCAGCUGACCGGGGCGUCGCUUGUUCAAGAAGUGCAGCUUUGGCCGAGCUUUUAAAGCUGCUUCCCUGUUAGCUUCGCGGUUAGCGCCCCACUACACUUGGAAGAAUGAGUAGAAAACACCAUCAUCUUAAAGGAGCCGAAGUCAGCUGCUGCGUGAAAUACUUCUUGUUUGGAUUCAACAUUUUAUUCUGGUUGCUAGGAGCCGCAUUCUUGGCCGUAGGUCUGUGGGCAUGGGCGGAGAAGGGCGUUCUCUCCAAUCUGUCAACCAUCACAGACAUGGGAGGCCUUGACCCCGUGUGGCUCUUCAUCGUCGUAGGAGGGGUCAUGUUCAUCCUGGGCUUUGCCGGCUGUAUCGGAGCUCUCCGAGAGAACACCGUACUGCUUAAAUUUUUUUCUGUGUUCCUGGGUUUGAUCUUCUUCUUGGAGCUGACAGCGGGGGUCCUUGCCUUUGUCUUUAAAGACUGGCUCAAAGAUCAGCUCAACUUUUUCAUCAACAACAAUGUCAAGGCAUACCGUGAUGACAUCGACUUGCAGAAUCUCAUUGACUUCGCCCAGGAAUAUUGGUCAUGCUGUGGAGCCCACGGGCCCGACGACUGGGACCUGAACAUCUACUUCAACUGCACCGAGCCAAACCCCAGCAGAGAGCGCUGCGGAGUGCCCUUCUCCUGCUGUGUCAAAGACCCCGCAGAGGAUGUCAUCAACACGCAGUGUGGUUAUGACGUCCGGCUUCAAAAGGAGCUGGACUGGCAGAAAUAUAUCCACACCAAGGGCUGUGUGGGACAGUUUGAGAAGUGGCUUCAGGACAACCUCAUUAUUGUAGCUGGAAUCUUUGUUGGUGUUGCACUAUUACAGAUUUUCGGCAUCUGCCUCGCUCAAAACCUGGUAAGUGACGUCAAAGCUGUCAAAGCCAACUGGUGACCGCAGGGCGGGGACGUUGGGGAAGCCGCGCCCCAGCAAGGUCAACACGGCACUCAAGUCGUCCGUCCGGCUUAGGAGAACAGAGAUCCGUCAACACUGCAUUGCCGCUGAGCUAAGCAGCACUUGCACACUCUCACACUUUUAUACGUGCAUAUGCAAAGAGCUUACAUCCCUGUUUAUCGGGGACGCUUGAAUCGUUUACCACCCAGCUGGAUCUUAACUCUACGGCCCUGCCGACUUCAGAUGCUUUUUUUUUUUUUUUUCCCUUUGUGCUUCCUAUGAUUUAUUUCUUUGGACAAUUGUAUUUAUGGGACGCAGUUGCACAAGGACUAAUGUUUACUGGGAGAUUUAAAGCCGUGGCCGAAAACAAACAAACAAACAAAGGAAAAAGCAAACAGUCUCAGUUAGUCUCCUUUUAUUUGAGGUCAGGCGUGGGAUUGCCCCCUUCCACUCAGUGAGUGGUUGAACAAAGCUCCCUACAAACGGCCUGUUUUUAACCUGUCCCCACAUCCUGCUGUAGGGAGCCGUGGGGGAUUGGACGGGCCAAAAAAGACAUGGAUUCCACCGUUCUGACUUUUUAUGACCACUGAAAAGACUCUGAACACUGGCAGGUCAAGUCUGCAACUUUGAAUUGUUUCACAGGACUUCAACUCGAAGUGUAAAAAAAGUGCCAUUAAUUCCCUGUUUUACUUUACUUCAUACCUCAAGGCCUGGCUGGAAACCGAAUGCUUUCUGCAAUAAGUUCAAUGCAAACCUUUUAUUUUCCAUCCAUGUCUACGUAAUUGAGAUUUACCAACUCGUUGCAGAACAGUUUAUCCAAAGUUACCCUGUUUGCCCUGCAGUGAUUAUCCGUUGAUUUACUGAAGGAUGUGGUUUUGUGCGAUACGGGGAGGUCCGGAUCAUAGGACUAUGCUAUACAUUGAAAGGAGUUUAUUAAUAGUUGAGAUUGUUGUUCAUCUCUAAGCAUCCCUCAGGCACAUGGGAUUGGUGAUUUGGGGCCUUAUUUACUUGACUUAUGUUACCACGCUUGUCUUAUUUUCUUAUCUUCACAACGUGUAUUAAGAAUAUUUGUCUUUUUUUAAAGAUGUCCUUUUAAUUACCUUGUAUUCUACCAUUUUAUUGAGGCAGAUCCUGGGUUCAUUGUUUGGCUUUACCAGCCACUUGUUUUACUUUUGACCCAGCAGUCAACUACUAAAUAGCUUCUUAUUGUGGAUGUUUUUAGCAGUCCUAAUGGAGACCAAAUAAUAUAUCAGCCGUGAGCUAAUUGCCAUGGUUUCUUUUCAACCCACAAUUGUGAUUUUUAUAAGGAAUUCCAAGCAAAAAACAAAAAGGAUUUCUGGACAGCCAAAAUGUGAAUAUAUUCUUUCUUUUACACAGAAAGUGCCUGUUGAAAAUAAAAAAAUAAAAAUGUUAAAUGUUAGGUUUUAUCUUUAGGUCAAUAUUGUGUCUUCAGUUUGGAUUGUUGUUGUUUUUUAAUCGAAUUGUAAAAACAAGCAGUUACCUUUCCAUUUUAACACCCUCAAUAUAACACGACUGCUGCUUAAACGUUAACUAGAGUAUUGAUAUGUAGUACAAUAACCAAGUUAACAAGUCUCCUAAUUGGCCAUGAUGUCAUUGGACAUAUUUUGAUUGAUUUGUUGUCGUUCACGUUGCUAUCACAUUUUUUACGUCACCGUCGUAGAUUCUCAUCCUCAGCCGUGAUCCUCACGGUCCGAUAUACCAGGUUCACUUGAUACUUUUGUCCAUUAUUUUUCCUGCAUUUAACCACCGCAGUUGUUUCCAGUUGUAGCUUUGUGAGUCGGCUACGCAGCACAGGCAUGUAUGGGAGACUCACACACCCAAAAAGAAAACAUGUUUUGAAUAGUAACAGCCAAAACUUGAAAGUUGAGUAGCAACAGAACAACAAACCCUGCUUCACUGCGUCUGUGUGUGUGUGUGUGUGUGUGUGUUUGUAUAUAUAUAUUUCUACACACACACACAGGAGCUCGUUCAGUCACAGCACCUUCCGAUCGCCUGCGAUACUCGCACGUCGCAUAUCCCUUUCACCCACUCGCUCCCCCUUCAAAGCUCGCCCUGAUCUGACUGCACCGGUUUCAGUGCCUGUCGUUUUGAUGUAUUUUUAAACGUAGCGCUCGCUUGAAGAAAAAUAAAAGAAGAGAAACACAAGACAAAACAACAGUCUCUUUGAAUGUAGGUGUCACGACUGAGCGAGCGGAAUGGAUCCGGGGCAGCGCGGAGCAUCUGUACUGCAGUGACUGCAGGUGGUCUUUAAUGACUCUGUAGAAAGUUUCCACGGGAGAAGCUCAUUCAUUUCAGCUCUUUAGUUGUAAUCAAUGAGUAAGAGCCUCGAGCAGUCCUAAGAAAAAUGACCCCCCCCUUCAGAUGAAAUAUAGAAACAUGUACAGCCUUAUGUGAUACCAUAUUUUUCUAUUCCAAGGAUGUGUGUGUGGCCCUCUUUGAUUUCACCAACUGUUGUAAAUCAAUCCUUCCCACUGAAGUGUAGAGGAUCAGGAAUAAAUACACCACUGUUUAUUUUCCCUCCACACCUUUCUCAUUUAAUCUUUUGAGCAGUAGCUUGAAUCGGAUAAUGGGGUGAUUUAUUAGUUGAAGGUUUUUCCCUUUUUUUUCCCCCUAACAUCAUAAUCUGGAACUUUUUGCUCAGGGUUUUUGGGACAACUCCCAUCCAUGACACUACAAAUGAAUGAAACCAACUCUCUGCUUAUGCAUGGGAGAACAUUCUGAGUUGUAUUUGUUUAAGUGAUGGGGUGCUGCCUUCUGCGUGAAGGGUCUGCCUCUGUGUGUGUGUGUGUGUGUGUGUGUGUGUGUGUGUGUGUGUGUGUGUGUGUGUGUGUGUGUGUGUGUGUGUGUGUCAUAUGUAUGGAAAUGCCAAUAAUCAGACAGUCACCAUGUAACGAGGACCAUAAAGCCAUAAUAAACAAACAGUCGUAGCCGCGUGGCUUUAAUAUGCAGACAGUACAAAGAAGACUCUAUGGAUCUUGUGUGUUUUAGCAGCUUUGGAUCCUUUUUGGUUUUGUAUUGCUCUGAUUUAGGGAAAGAAAACAAUACUAAAUAGGCCUUGUCCGUUAUAAUGUUCUUGCGUUCCGAAACGCCCUGUUAACUGCCCAAAGCGAAAGCAGAGAAAUUAAGUCAUUCCCCGAGGAGGAGCCUUAUGCAUACCAUGAAUGUUUAAGCUUAACGCUGUGCACCCGCUGCUCCGUGCUCAGUUAGCAUUUCUUCUUAGACUCAUACAGUUUGAUGCACAAGACAAGUGAAACAUAGGAAUGGGAGAUAAAGGGUCGGCAAUGUUACAGAUGUUAUUCUGGUUUGUACAUAUUUAUUGCAUAAAAGCCUAUGAACAUUUAUUGCUUCUAUUGUGUGUGUGUGUGUGCACCUUGUAUGCCACGCUAAGACUUUAAACCGCCAUCUCUAUGCUCUAUGUCCAGGAUUUCACAAUACUUAUUUGAUCUGCACAGAUCAUCAGCUGCAUCUGCACAAACAAUGUGACUGAACUUUUUACAAUGUACUUUUUGCAUACAAACACAAAGUGACACAUAUUUCCCUUUUGAUAUUCCUGCCUGCUGACUUUGGCCAAAGAAGCAGCAUAAUUGACUGGAUUGUGAGCACGGCUACAUCACGGAUGUCAGUGUUGACAUUUCUAUACCAGAUCAGGACACGAGCAUCACAAAAGUGUUUCAACUUUCUGGGACUUUACAGUUGAAGAAUAUGGAUUUCAGUCACACAAAAACCACUAUAAAUAUUUCAUUUGUUCUGCUGAGAAACCAGAACCGCUUUCUCAGUAUGACGGUUUGUGUCCCCAUCGCAGCAGAACUGAAGACACAAAACCAUGCGAUGCAUCCGCUCGCUGGUCAGACCCAUCUACUCGUCUUGUAAAGAAAUAUUGCAUAUGAAAACUGUGGGACAUGGUCUGUUACACUGUAUAUUCUGUUUAAAAUAUGCCCCUUUCAUAUAUUAAAGGAUUUAUGAUAACA